ACAAGGUGAAUAUUAUUUUUACUCGCUGCGAUCAUAGAAUUAUUUUCAUUUCAAAUGAUUACUCUACAUUGGGAUUUAUAUCACUCAUCAAAGUGUAUGCACACUGUACACUGUAGAUAAACACAAUUGAAUUGAUUUACUUUGUAUCCAGUUCAUAUAUAUAUAUAAAUACAAAUAAAUGAAGAGUGUACUGUUAUUUGUUUGUUGAUUAAAACAAAUACUGUUCAAUAUUUCAAGGGAUUAUUAUUAUUUCUUGAAAGAUAAAUAUAGAAAAGUGGAAAACUAAUCUAGUGGAACACGUCAAAAUUUGAAUAUUACAUCUAUUCAAUUGCUUGGCAAGUUAAUGGGCACUAUCAACAGUCAUCUCAUCAGUUCAACAAACUGUGAACAGCCUGUACAACAGGUCACUGGGACCACAGGUGAUCCAAGGAAGUCGAACAAUCCUCAAGGAAGGUUGAGUGAACCAAUAUACACAAAUUUUUGGCAGCGUAUGUUUAGAAAAACAAAAAGCUUCGACUCAGAGCCGGUGAAUGUGAUUUCGGACACUUCAUAUUCACCAUCGAACAAGUUUGAUGUAAAGACAUGUAGCUUGGAGGAUAAUGUAGUAAGUGUCCCUUCCGUCGUUCAAGGUUCUUCUGGAAUAACAGCAGCGGCAACAACAACAACACCGAUAGAAAGAACAGUAAUUGUAACGACAACGCCGACAACCAGGCCCCUGUCGAUGGAUUCAAGUGAUCUCAAAAAUAAUCCAUACAAGUUGGAACGCCGACACUUUUCAGAGUAUGGUCACCAUCAGUUUCAAAUUACAUCUUUAUCAACAAGAAAACAAAGGUUACUGCGUAACCACCAUCAUUAUCAACAGAAUACUAGCUCUGGUACAACUACCCAUACAAAUGACAAUUAUGUAAGUGGUAGUAGUAGUAGUAAUCGAAAUUCAUCACCACCUGCUAUUCAGCCAAUAUCACAGACUGGUUACUCACUGGCCAGUAGAAGAGCUGUGUCAAAAACAGAUUUACGCAAUUGUAACUUGUCUAAACGGGAAUCAAAGAGUCAAAAUUAUCUUCACUUGGUUGAUUCACCAAAAAUGCGUUUUGUACGCGUUAUGCAUGCAUUUGCCAGUGUACCAGACUUGACGAAAAAGCCAACUCGAAGUGCACUGAAAGGAAGCAGAAAUAACAGUACUAAUCGAUUAGUAAAUGAACGUGAACCCCUUACAGUAUCACCGAAUCCUCUGAAUUCAGACUCAUUUUCCUUGACUCCACCAACACCAGCUGAAAUAAGACACUUGGUUCAUUUUCAUUCAACUGAUAUACCUAGUACAUUGAAUACUAUUAAACCUGUAAAUAAAAUUGAUUUAAUUAAAUCGGAUGAUUCUGAUUGGUCAUUUGGACAAUAUAACUCAACCAAUGAGAAUGAAAAGUUAUCAUCAGAUAUAAAAAUUGAAUAUAGUAAAUAUUCACCAGAACUUAAACGUGCAAAUGAAUCAAGCAGACGAAAUUUCAGUUUUAAUAGUAAAUUUGAGAAGAAUACUGAAUUUUCUCAAAAUCAACGUAAUCUUCCAGAUUUAGAUGAGAUAUCAGUUAGUCAAUUAGAAGAGUCAAUUCAAGAAGAUAUAUCAUAUGAUUAUGAAGAGAACAAUGAACUUGAGCAAGAAAAUGUUAUUACAGAUGAAACAGAGAUUCAAGAUAACACCGAUUCUGACGAUGAUCAAAAUGUAGAAGAUACAACCUCAACCACUCCACGAUUUCACUCUAAACUGCUAAGACGUGAUAGUAUUGACUAUUAUCUUGAAGUCAAUAAGUCACAUGGUGGAUUCAUUGAAUAUGACAAUUUUUCAGGUGUUGACAAACACCAUGAAAAGAUUGAUGAAAGUAACAACCAUACCACAAAACAACCAGAUUCUACUGAAACCAAUUUCAAUGGAAAAGAUGAAAAGAAUCAUAGAGAAGAAAGUGUAGAAGAAACGGAUGAGGGAAAUGAUGAAGCUAAAGUUGGUGGAAGCGGUAGAGACUCAGCUAUUGAGUCAACUCGAAAUGAUCAUGAAGACGAUGGGGAGGAUGAGGACUAUUCACAUAAGCCUUCAUUGACUGAAGUACUUUCACCGGCAUUAUGCGCUGCUGGUUAUGGUCCAGUUGGCCAUCUAUUAACGAGAUGGUUACCACAAAGAAAUUUCUGUGAAUUACUUAUUGGAACAAAUGAAAAUUUCGAUACCUCAGAAGACGCAAAAUGGUGUAGAAGAAAACAGUUACUGAAGGAACUAGCAAGAACUUCUACUAUGUACACAGAAGAUAUGACGCAUGAAAUGUUCAUGUUACGUUUCUCGGAAUUUGUUGAAGUACAAGAACUGGAACCGUGUGAUCGAAGCGCUGAUAAGCCAUGGAUUCGACUAACUCCUAAAGAUAAGGUGAGGUUAUGAUAAACUGAGAACAAUACUGCCACGUUUUCAUCAAUAAUUUUUGAUUUCUUUGAUAACGGAAAGGAUAAUAUAUCUCCCUUGAUAUAUUAAGAUAGAUAGAUAUCUAGCUAAAUGGAGGCAGUGUGUUCAAGCACAAGGAUAUCCACAAAGCGAGCGACAUGGAUUUCACCAGACACGAGACAUACUAAAAAUCAGAUCGACUUUAUCUCAAUCUGAAGAAAGUGGAGACGCAGUCAGCCUACUUGACGCAAGGUCAAGAAGAGGAGUAGAUGUAGUUUCAGACCACUAUCUAGUGCAAGGAACCUUCCAAAUCAAGUUAAAAGCCUUCAAGGAAGCUGGUGAUAGACCACAGUUCAAGUACAACACUCGGAAAGUGAAGGGUGAAACUACCAGGGAAAUCUUCACGACAGUCAGCCAUCCAGACAAAGUGGAAGAUAUCGAGCAACAUCCCUGAAGAAACCUGUGUGGAAGAACACUAGAAGUCUUUGAAAGAGAUGUGGAAAGAAACCUGCACAACCGUAUUAGGAAGGAAGAAAAAAGAAGAUUAGGAAUGGAUCUUAAUGGAUACAUGGAAGCUGAUAGAGCGGGGACAGGAGGAUGGUGAAGCAGAAGAUAAACCAGUGCAAGGAUGCUCAACGACAAGAGAAACUGAGUACAAUGUAUAAAACACUGGAGAAAGAAGUGACGAAGAGUGCACGGAAAUACAAAAGACACUUCUACGAAACACUGGCAAGUGAAGCAGAACAGGCUGCAGGUAAGAAAGACCUGACAAUAUUGUAUCAAAUAACCAGGUUACAGUUUAUCUGGGAGGAGAUCAACGCAGACAAAACCAAUAACAGAUGAUGACAGAAAUUUAAUUACGAAAGAAGAGAAACAAAGAAAACGAUGGGCCGACCACUUCAAAAAGCUCUUGAAUCGACCACCACCACCACCACCUGAACUUCGUCCAGAAAUACCACCUACAGACGCUGAACUACAAGCGAACAUAAAUCCUUCAACAAAAGUGGAAGCCCUGAAUGCCAUAAAGCUACUGAAAUGUGGGAAAGCAGCAGGACCAGAUGGGAUCCCGCCAGAAGCACUCAGAACAGACACAGAGACAACAGACGACUAGCUCACACCACCAUUGCAGAAGGUUUGGAAGGAAGUAAAGGUACCUCCCCGUUGACUGGAAGAAGGGGUCCCUUGUCUAACUCCCAAUGAAGGUAGACCUGAGUCCUGGCAAGAAUUGGUGCGGAAUCACGCUCCUGUCCACCCCAAGCAAGUAAUUAGGCCACAUCAUCCUGGAGAGACUAAAGGAUGCGCUGGAUUCAAAACCACCACCGAAACAGGCAGGCUUCAGGAAGUAAAAAUCAUGUGCGGACCAAAUUGCUACGCUUCGCAUAAUCAUAGAACAGAGUAUAGAAUGGCAGAC